AUGACCCACCCUGCCCCGGAAAGCGCCCCAGGGCAGAAACCUUUCACCAUAGCCAUCUGCGGCGGCGGUAUAGCCGGGCUCGCCCUCGCUAUUGGUCUCCUCCGCCGCAACGUCCCCUUCCACGUCUACGAAUCCGCGCAUGCCUUUUCCGAAAUCGGCGCCGGCGUCGCCUUCGGGCCGAACUCCCAGCGCGCCAUGAGCCUGAUUGACCCGAAGAUCAAAGAAGGCUACGGCAAGAGGGCGACGAGCAACGGGUAUGAGGAGAAGAAGGCGGUGUGGUUUGAUUUUCACGCGGGAAUGGACUGUGGCAUCGGGAAGGCGGGGGAGAAGGUGGGCACGGUGAUCGCGGCGGACCCUGGGAACGGCUGUAUACACCGAGCGCAUUUCUUGGAUGAGCUGGUGGCGCUGGUGCCGCGUGAGAAUGCCACGUUUGGGAAGAGAGUCGUGGAGGUUGAAGAGCUGGAGGAUGGAGUGCGCUUGCACUUUGCGGACGGCGGAACAGCCGAGGCGAGCGCGGCGGUGGGCUGCGACGGCGUCAAAAGCAACUUGCGACAUGCAGUUUUGGGCAAGGAGGAUGGAGCCGCACAUCCGGAGUUCACGGGGAAGUAUGCGUACAGGGGAUUGAUACCGAUGGAGAAAGCCGUGAGCUUGCUGGGCGACGAGUUGGCUCGAAACAGCGUCAUGUGGCUCGGGAACCACGGACACGUCUUGACGUUCCCGAUCGAAAAAGGGGAGAUCAUGAAUGUGGUCGCCUUCCACGCGAAAAAGGACGGGAAAUGGGAGGAUGAGAAGUGGGUCCUGCCCAUGGAUCGGCAAACCAUGGAAGCCGAUUUCCAGGACUGGGGCGAGAGCGUGAAGAAAAUCCUAAGUCUGAUGGAGAAGCCGGACCUGUGGGCUCUAUUCGACUACCCUCCCGCAAAGACCUAUUUCAAAGGCCGGACGUGCCUCAUCGGAGACGCCGCGCACGCGUCCACGCCCCAUCAGGGCGCGGGCGCCGGCAUGGCCAUGGAGGACGCGUACGUGCUGUCGAAUCUGCUCGGAGCCGUGCAGCGAUCCUCCGACAUCGAAACCGCGUUCCGUGCAUACGACGCUGUGAGGCGGCCCCGGACGCAGAAGCUCGUGACGACGAGUCGGGAUGCCGGGGAGCUGUACGAGCUGGAGAAGGAGGGGGUGUGGGACGAUGCGGAUAAAUUGAGAGAGAAUCUGGGUACGAGGUAUAAGUGGGUAUGGGAGAAGAAGUUGGAGGAAGAUUUGGCGGAGGCGAUGGGCAUAUUGGGUGGCAAGGUGUGA